AUGCGUUUACUUAGUAAUCUUUGUAUUUCAAUUUUUUUAAUUUCAUUACCAGGACCAAACUCAGUUCAGCGUCGUCGUGGACGUCAAACAUACAGUCGAUAUCAGACAUUAGAAUUAGAAAAAGAGUUUCAAUACAGUCAUUAUUUAACACGAAGAAGACGAAUCGAAAUAGCUCAUAAUCUCUGUUUAACUGAACGACAAAUCAAAAUUUGGUUCCAAAAUAGAAGAAUGAAGUUGAAAAAAGAACGUCAACAAAUCAAAGAAUUAAACGAUGAAACAACUCGCCAAACCACUACAGAUCCAAUUCACCACAGCCGACGUGAAAUGAGCUCAUCACAUCAAUUCUUUGAAAUGAUGAAUUCAAACAACAGUAAUAAUUAUUAUUCAGCAACUUCUAAUCCAAGAAUUAUUGAUUCAAAAGACAGCUGUCAACUUGAAUGUAAACCAUUGUCGUUACAUAAAAAAUCAGGUCUAAUUCCAAAAUUACUAGGUAACAAUAUGCAAUCAGAUCCAAUGAUUACAGGAGGAUUCUUACCAUCAGCUAAUAGGAGUCUACAAUCAGCUAUCAGCUAUCCUGAAAGUCAAGGUGGACUUGGUCAAGAGGACUCUGAGGAUUGUGAACCAAUGGAUAGUGAAGACGAUGAGGAUGAAGAUGAUUUUUGUGAGUCAGAUGACAUUCAUGGGGUUAAAGUUUCCAAACUUCCACAUGAAUUUACUAAUCCUCACUUGAUGAGAACAAAUAUACUACGCGACAAAUUGAUAUCAAUUAGGAGAUUAAACUGUUUUUGUUAG